UUGCAGGCUAUACUCGGCGGAAAAUGUUUGGAUACGGGAGAAGAACUUGGACCCAGUCUCACAGCCCUUGUGGACACGUUCGUUUCAGUCGCAGGAGCCAAUCGUGGAUCGUUCCUCUGUCUACUCCCGUUUCCUGGUGCUUGCAAUAGCGUUAAUGGACUUUCGUGCAUUUCGAAUUUCAUAAAAGACAUUAAUGCAAGACAACGAUAUGAAGGCCUGCAUGUGUUCUCAGUCUAUUCUCCACAAGACGACAAGGUCGGUCAUCGAAACGUAUGUGGAGAAUCGACAUCAUCGAUACCCGGAGCCGAUCAGGAAUUCCAGGUGAGGGAGAGACUUCGCCAUACGACAAUAUUCACAUUCAACAGAAACUCUCUUUUCUGUACAAACGAGUUACCUAACCUUACCGCUAGUCAUGACUUUCGACUUCGUGUAGUCGAUCCUUAG